CACACGACAACCCGCGCAAGGCAGGCGGAUCAGGAGAGCCCGUACGCUAGUGCUGUCAGCAUGGUUAUGGCAUCUCCAUGACCUUCCACUUUUGGUGGGAAAAUUCGGUCCGAUGCUGGCCAGCGACCGGCACAUAAACGUGGAUUAUGCUGAUGCUCUGUGAUUACGCGAGAUGACAGUAGCAUAUAUAGGGAGAUGGGAGCUGCACUAGACUUUUUCUGGUCGUCGCAAGAUAGUUUUUAGUAUUCCUUAUUACCGAAAGAUUAUCACGAUGCAGCUCUCCGUCACCCUUUUUGCGCUCUUCUCCCCUGCGGUCCUCGCCUCGUGGCUUGCACAGUACAAUGUCGAAGUCGUGCACACCACGCAUCUCGACAAUGGCCACAUUCUUGACUGGAUCAAGCCUGAGUCGCAGGGAUCUAUUGCAUCGCCGCCCAGUCGUCUUCCCAACAACAGCACGGAGAACGAGGAGCUUACCAAGAGCCUGUUGAAGAACCUCAAGACCGGCCCUCCCGGUACUGUGCCAGUCUUGCGCCGCGACAACAAGAUGACUAUUCCCAAGGUGGUGCCUCCCGCCCCUGGCUCCAAGCCCAAAUCUCGCAUCGAUAGACGCCAGUACGCUCAGAAGCACUGGUACGCAUCGUCCUCCCAGAACUGGGACGGCCACGGCACCAGCGGCCACUUUAGCAUGUACAAUGCCUACGUCUACAGCGACAGCGACUUUUCGCUGCUCCAGCUUGCUGCUAUUCGCGAGAAUGUCCCUGGCGUCGUUGGAACUGGUUAUACUGGUCUGCAGACCGUUGAAUCUGGCUGGAUUCACUACGCCCGAUACGGCAGAAACCCGACUCUCUUCACCUUCUACACAACCAACGGCCACGGAACCUACGGUGACAACCUCUGCAGCUGGAACACCGACCACAAGGGCUGGGUUCAGGUGGACAACACCUACUACCCCGGUAUGGAGAUGACUCCUCUGGCCACUGUUGGUGGUGAUGCUAACGAGUUCGCUAUUGAUGUUCUCUUGGACAAAGGAAACUGGUGGAUUGGUAUUAACGGCAAAUGGAUCGGCUACUACCCUGCCAGCAUGUUCACUCGCAACGGAAACACUGCCGACCAGACUCUGGAGAGCAAGACCAACAGAGUCGACUGGUACGGCGAAGUCUACCAGGACGAGGGCGCACUCACCACAACCGACAUGGGCAGCGGUCACUUUGCCAGCGAGGGCUAUGGCAAGUCUGCCUUUAUCCGCCUUCUCACCCUCACUGGCCUCGAUGGAUCUAAGACCAACUACAACGGACGUACUUUCCAGGACGACACCAGCAGAUACACUAUUGACCCUCACUUUGACGGUGGUGGCGACUGGGGCAGCUACAUGUUCCUCGGAGGACCUGGCGCCGGUGGUGUUUCCGGUGGUUAAAAGUUUACCUUUUGGAUAACAGUACAUAGCUGUAUAUAAAAAAUCACACAUACAAAUAAAUUUGU